AUGAAAAAGGGAAAAACUCCGUCGAAGAGUACGCCGAAAGAUUCGACAAAUGCAUCUAGUUCACGAAAGAAGUCUCAAAAGGAUAACAAUGAUGACGAAUCACAAUCUGAAUCGAGCUUUGAUUCUGAUGAUGACUCCGAGGUACUCUACAAUGAUUUUGGAGAGCGUAUAAAUAUCCCUAGUUACGAGUCUGAUUUUGCCACUGAUGACUUGAGCUCUGGUGACGAAGAAAAAAUCCCUCGAUUGAAAUUCAAAUUUUCUGUUCCAAAUCAGACUGUUACACAUCCAUCCCAUCUUUCUAAUCCUAAAUUCGGUGGUUCCCUGGAGAAGUAUCUAGAUUCCUUUAUUUCUCUUGAUGAUGAUAUCACGCUGGAGGAGCGCGAUAGUUUUGUUGACGAUCAAGUUGAGGUACGGAAUCGUAUCGAAAGGGCCAAAAAGUCGGGUCUCUUACAAAGGCAUACUCAUGGUUUAGCAACUAAUAUAGAGAAGUUUGCCGACCCUCCAUCUUUUGACAUUUCCAACAACCACCACAGCCAUCUAGUAUCGCAUGCCAUUUAUUUUGCAAGAUUAAUGACUGAAGAACGAAAAGCUCACAUAUCUCGAGCUCGUCGUAUAGCGAACAUAGUCGAUCUUCAUUUCAAACGACUAUCUGGUGCGGAAGAGAAAGAAAGGAAGCAAUUCGAGAGAUCAAUGCGUCAACUGGCUCGUAGAACAGGCGCCGAGGUUAUGAAGAAGUGGAAAGUUGCGGAAAAGGUAGUACGACAGCGCCGGCAACAGGCCCUGGAAGAGCAGCAAAGAAACGAGGGAAAACUUCAACUGAAUCAAAUAUUGAAGCAGUCUGCCCAGCUACUGGAAGCAAGAACAGAGAAAAUGACUGCGAGCGUUAAUGUCGAUGACUUGUCGGAUGCAACCGAUGAAAAUGAGAGUGCCGGUAGCCUGGCUGACUCUGAUGAUGAGAGCGAUGCUGGAGGCUCCGAGUCGUCGGAUAAUGAUUCCGAAGUCAUGUCUAGCAGUGAUGAUGAUUCGGAAGUAGAGGACGUCGAUGACGAAAAACUUACCGUAGAGCAAUUGAAGGAGAAGUAUUCUAAGCUAAAGUCUGUUACGUUUAAUGAUUUGGAAAAUAAAGUGGAUGUCGACAUUAUUGAAUCUGAGGACGAAGAUGAGGAGGAAACCGUCGAAAUCGAUGAAAAGGCCAAGUCUCUUUAUGAAGAGGAGCAAUCAGGUGACUCAGACGAGAGUGUUGCCAUGGAUAGCGAAUUUGACAGCGAUGAAGAUGAUUCUGACGAGUCUGAAGAAGCAUCCGAUGAAGAAGACGAGCCAGCCUCACUCGCCUCCCUCUUCAAUAAACCUCAAAGUAAUGAUGACAAACAGGUAGAGGCGGACGAUGAACAAGAUGAGUAUAAAGAACCUGAAAUUGAGGUGGAUAUCGAAGCAAACCAAGAAGAUCAAGACUCGGAUGCUUCUGAUAAGUCAAUUAAGCAUAGCUCUCCAGACACACCCACUUCCACUCCCGAACAUGAACACGGUGAGAUCGCAGAUGGGACUGUGACAACUACGUCACACAUACCGACACCGUUUCUUCUUCGUGGCAAGCUUCGUGAAUAUCAGUCUGAUGGUCUGGACUGGUUGGCUGGCUUAUACAAUACUGAUACAAACGGUAUUCUAGCAGAUGAGAUGGGUCUCGGUAAAACAAUCCAAACUAUUUCCCUUAUCUCCUACCUUGCUUGCGAAAAGCACAUCUGGGGCCCACACUUGAUUGUUGUUCCUACUAGUGUCAUGUUAAACUGGGAAAUGGAAUUUAAACGAUUUGCUCCUGGUUUCAAAGUAAUGACAUAUUAUGGCAAUCCUAACCAACGUAAAGAGAAACGGAAGGGCUGGAAUAAAGAGAACACUUGGCAUGUUUGCAUUACAUCAUAUCAACUGGUACUACAAGAUAGAAAUGUUUUUAAGAGGAAGAAAUGGCAUUAUAUGAUUUUGGAUGAGGCUCAUAACAUUAAGAACUUUCGAUCCCAGAGGUGGCAAGCUCUGCUCAACUUCAACUCCGAACGUCGCUUAUUGUUAACAGGUACCCCAUUGCAGAACAACCUUAUGGAAUUGUGGUCCUUGCUCUAUUUCCUAAUGCCGUCAUCUAAGGGCUCAGCAAUGCUUCCGGAUGGGUUUGCCAACUUGAAAGAUUUCCAAGAAUGGUUUGCACGUCCUGUUGAUAAGCUCGUCGAAGGUGGGGGUCAAGAUGCCGAUGACGAGACUCGCGCCACAGUGCUCAAGCUACAUCAAAUCCUUCGACCGUACUUAUUACGGCGUCUCAAAGCAGACGUUGAAAAGCAAAUGCCCGCCAAAUAUGAACACAUUGUAUACUGUCGUCUAUCUAAGCGUCAGCGAUAUUUGUAUGAUGAUUUCAUGUCUCGUGCUCAGACUCGUGAAACACUCUCAUCUGGUAAUUUCCUCUCUAUUAUCAACUGUUUAAUGCAAUUGAGAAAGGUUUGUAAUCAUCCGGAUUUAUUUGAGGUACGUCCUAUCGUUACUUCAUUGGCCAUUGGAAAGUCAGUGGUGUCGAACUUUGAACCCUUAGAUAUUAUUGUGAGGAAACGGUUGUUACGAGAGAGCUAUGAGGAUCAUGUCAAUCUAUUAACAUUGAACUUGUUACCAAUUAAAAACGAAGGCUCAUCAUUUGUAGACUGGCAAACAAUUCAGCAAUUACAAGCAUAUACGCCAAUGGUGAAUGAACUUAACGAGCUGGUCACUCAGUUGAAGACCUCACCAGUUCAGCCCAACUAUGUCUCGAUUGAGGGCAACACGAAGUACCAAGAGUACCGAGCAAAGCAGUCGCGGUGUGAUAAGCUACAGCACUCGAUCUAUCUGAACUUUUUCAGGUGCAGUCGAAAGCCUAUCUAUGGCAAUGAUUUGGUGUCUGCUGUGACACUGCAGAACCAUAGGCCUCGCCGAUCGGGUUUUGAUUGGAGGCAGUCGGAUGCGCUUAGUGAAAUGAAGCUAUCAUACGAACAAAGAGACGAACAAAUGAAAGAAAUUAUCACUCGUUAUGCUUUUGUAACGCCUAAAGUGGUGUGUCUAAAUAUGACUAGGCUAACUCUUGCACCGGUAGUUGAGGAAAUGCAGUCUCCAGAGAAUCAACUAUUGCUUAGUCGCCAACAAACAUUCCAUGAAGCGCAAGUUAAGUUAUCGAUUGCCUUCCCAGAUAAGCGACUGCUACAGUACGAUUGCGGUAAGCUUCAGCGAUUGUCAACGUUGAUGCGUGAUUUAAUCGACGGUGGUCAUCGGGCUUUAAUUUUUACUCAGAUGACAAAGGUAUUGGACAUUCUCGAGCAGUUUCUCAAUAUUCAUGGCUGGCGAUAUCUUCGUUUGGACGGUGCUACCAAAGUUGAGCAACGUCAGGUUCUUACCGAAAGAUUCAACACAGACGCUCGUAUACCUGUGUUUAUUCUUUCGACUCGAUCGGGUGGUUUAGGUAUCAACUUGACAGGUGCUGAUACCGUCAUAUUCUAUGACUCUGAUUGGAACCCUUCUAUGGAUAAGCAAUGUCAAGAUCGUUGUCAUCGUAUUGGGCAAACGAGAGAUGUUCAUAUUUAUCGGUUCGUUUCUGAAUACACCAUAGAGUCCAACAUUUUGAGGAAAGCGACCCAAAAGCAGAUCCUUGAUAAUGUUGUUAUUCAAGAAGGUGAUUUCACCACGGACUAUUUCCAUAAGAUGUCAGUGAAAGAGCUGGUGGGCGAUGUUGCAGGUGUCGAUUUAGAUCAUGAUUUAGCAGAACCACCCCAAAACAGCCGGAGCCUUGCAAAAGCACUUGCUCAAGCUGAAGAUGCUGAUGAUGCAGUUGCAGCAUCUGUAGCGAUGAGAGAAGCGAAUCUUGAUGCUGAAGAUUUCAGUGAGAGAGCUACAAGUACAGCUGCUACUCCAGGUCGGUCUGAAAGCGAGCAACCCACAGGCGUCAGCGAACAGAGUGUGGAGCCCCCCACAGGUGCCAGUGUAGAACCUACUGAUGGCAGCGUCGAGCCUAGUGUCGAACCUGACGCAUUACAAUCUGAGCAAGAACCUGACCUUUCUGAUAGCGAGGAGUCAGACGAUGGAAUCGGCCAUAUCGACGACUACAUGAUUAAAUUCAUUGAGGCAGGCUAUUUUGGUGAUUAG